AUUGGUAAUAUGUGCUCAUCACAAAAGGAAUGGGUCAGAAACAGGACAAGGUGCUAGAAGAAGAGGAAGUCUUGACCGGUACGAUAAAUGACUAUGAGAUCUUAGAACGGGAGAAGGAACUAUCCAGAACCACAGAACCUGAAUGCAAUAAAGAAAAACAUCAAAUAUUUAGUCGGUCAGACACCUCCCCUCCGGAGAACUCUCUAGGUCAAGAACCCACAAGACCUAAUGACAACCACAGAGGAAAAAAGAUCAACAGGAGUUAUGACACGGAUGUUUCGCAGAAUGCUGGGACACCAAAUCCUCAGCUGAGCCGGGCGGGAGGUCCACGUGCCUCAGAAUUCAAAGCGCUUACAAACAACACAACUGCUACUGACCGACUGAGACUAUCUGAGGCUGUGGACCAGCAACAAGCUGACAAAACAACAGGAAUGACUAACAAAACUCAUCCCAAGGGUUCUCCAGAGAUGUUAGAAGGUUCCUAUCAAGGAGAUUCGAUAGAUGAUGUUAAGAAGUGCACUGAGAAGAAUAAGACAUGGACAACAUAUGAAAGACGCAAAGGGAACUUAAACAAUGAGGCAAGAGCGAAUGAUAAAAUUAAAGAUGAUGCGGAAAUAAAGACAUCUUUAGGAAAACGCUCAGUGGAUCAGGGAGAAUUAAAGAAUUCUGAAUUACUUGAAAGAGAGACAUUCCAGGUAAUAGGAGUUUCGGAGGACAAAUAUGAGCAUUUGAAAGAUUCCCAAACAUCAAAUGUGUAUGAAGCUGAUCAAGACCUGAAUGCUCAUAAAGUAAGCUCAUAUUCAAACACUGACAGUGUAAUGUGUCGGUCAGGGUGUGGGAGCUUCAGUGUGCCGGAUUUAGGUUUCCAGCGGGACAAAAAUAUCAGUUCAGGAUCUCCCGGUGUGAGUGAUACUUCGACAUGUGUUUUAAAAGAACCUAACGGUGGCACACAUGCAUAUAGUAACUUUGCAGCGACAUUCAAAGAAAACUUUCGAAAAGACCAAAGAAAUCCGACUUUCCAUGGGUCACUGCCGUUGCUAAGAGGAGAAGGAAUGAUUAGUGAAGGUAAGAAUAAAAACUUAAAUAUUCCUAGUGGUGAAUCGCAGUUGGUCCAAGAGAGUCAAGUUUUAAAAUCUAGAUGCACCCCACAUACAAUGAGGUUCGACUCAUUUAACAAUGAGAUUGUCGCAGAACCCACGAAUGCACACGUAGGUCCGGUCUCAUUGAGGAUUGAGGAGGACUUUGAACAAGAGGCAUUAAGCACAUUCCACCCAGAUUUUAACCAAAGCGAUACUUUGUCUGACCCUCCCGAGGUUUACUUUCACGCCAAGAAGCCAAAUGAUGAUGACAAAGGGGCAUUUACUGUAAUGGAAAAGCACUCAACAGCCAUGUCAUCUGAGAGUUUAGUUGGAACCAGUGCUAAAAAAGUCCCGGUCGGCAAUGCACCUCACUUAGCCAGAAAGGGCGUGUUUGGAGCACACUCACAGUCUGUGAAAAGAGACGGUGAAUCCGUUUAUCAGACAGCUGUUCGGUCACCAUCCACAGAAAUCAGGAAAGCUUGUGAUAGUCAUUUGAAUGGAAUAAGUAAUACUUCACCUUUACUUGGGUUAUCAGGUGAAAACGGUCAAACUCAAAAAGCUGUUCCAGACAAACAGAUAACAGGGAAUGAGGUCAUCUGCUAUGGUCAAGAAGGGUGUCUGGGUAAAAGAGUCUGCGAUCCAAAGAUCUACAAGCUGGAUGACACAAAUACAGAGAAUGCAUUUAAAAGAGAAGCCAAAGACUCAAUGUAUUCUAAAGGUAACUGUUUGAAUCCAGUUGACAUAAAGAGCUUAAUUUCUUUUUCACCCUCAGAUGUUGAUGGCAACACCGCAAGAGCUUCUUUGACACACGAGAAAGAGCCUUUGUAUUUCACAGCUGUGAUCACACCCCCACUUCAAAUUCAUACAUAUCCUAAUCGGGAGAAGAAGAUGUCAUCCGACGUCUCGCAUUUGUAUGUUCCUCACGAUGAAAUACAGAGUAUAAUUCCCAACAUCCCAGACCCUCAGAUGGAAAAAAAGGCUAAAAUCAAAGGACCCCCACCACCUGUUCCAAAGAAACCAAAGAAUCCCUUUAAAAAGAGACAAAAGGAAUCUGCUUCGAAUUCAGUGGAUGAGCCAAACGAAUAUUCUGACCUGCUGCUCAAAAACAUCAAAAUGGGAAGAAGGCUGGCAGCACAGGAAUCCAUUGAAGAUUUGAAAACAUAUCCCUCGUCAUGCCUGGAUAUGCUGCCUUAUUGCUUGUCCAUAGGGCUUGGAACUGAGGAGGAUAUUCCACAACAUUGUUGUAUAUACGAUGAAUUGGUUGCAACUGGUUGCGAUAACCCAACAGGAACUGUUGACGAGCUCUGUGAUGAUGAACUGAAAGAAUUGAGUAUGUCUCAGCUGAGACCACUAUUGCAAAGAAAAGCUAAAUUAAAGGGUCCACCACCACCUGUGCCAAAGAAGCCUCGUAAUCCGACAAAAAUGGAAAAGACCCUCGCAUCCGAAGACUUUGAUUUGGCAAACAUGGAAUAUCCUUUGAAAUAUGGUGACUAUGACUCUAACCGCCACAUGCUGGAUAUUGUGGAUAAAGAAAAAUCUAAAUCCACCACAAUGCCAACCGGAUAUACUCAUCUUACCCGCAGAAUUCCAAGCAGCGAUUCUUCCAGUUCUGAUGAAGAUGAACUCUCCAGAUUCAGGCCUGUUGCCGAACUUAUCCGAGACACCAACAAAAUCCCUGAGAAGGUUAUGCGUCACAGCAGGACAAAUAUUACGGAAGCCAGGCCAGAUGUUACAAUGGCAAGCCAAAGUCUAAAAGUGUCACAGAUGAAGACAGCCUUUGAUGUAAAAACAUCUCCCGAUAAUAGGGAAAGAAGAUCCUCGCCAAAGAAAGAAAUGAUCAGACGAGUGGUACGACAGAGUAAAUUCCGUCAUGUGUUUGGUCAGGCGGUGAAGAAUGAUCAAUGCUAUGAUGACAUUAGGGUUUCACGAGUUACCUGGGACAGUGCCUUCUGUGCAGUAAACCCCAAAUUUGUUGCCAUUAUUGUGGAAGCUAGUGGGGGUGGAGCUUUUCUUGUUCUCCCUCAGCAAAAGCCUCUUGUGUCUGAUUCCUGUUUGCAGACGGGUCGUAUUGAUAAGGCUUAUCCCACUGUUUGCGGUCACACAGGCCCUGUGCUGGACAUCGACUGGUGUCCACACAAUGAUCACGUCAUUGCCAGUGGUUCUGAGGAUUGUACAGUAAUGGUAUGGCAGAUCCCUGAGAAUGGCCUCACUUCACCUCUCUCUGAGCCAGCGGUGGUGUUGGAGGGUCACUCUAAGAGGGUGGGGAUUGUGACAUGGCACCCGACAGCCCGCAAUGUUUUGCUAAGUGCAGGAUGCGAUAAUCUCAUCAUCAUUUGGAACGUGGGCACAGGAGAAGCCAUGAUCAACCUGGAGGACAUGCAUCCUGACGUGAUCUUCAGCGUCUGCUGGAGUCGCAAUGGCAGCCUCAUAUGUACCGCGUGCAAAGACAAGAAAGUGCGUGUUGUUGAUCCACGCAAAGGGAAGAUCAUUGCAGAGAAGGACAAGGCCCACGAGGGAGCACGACCUAUGAGGGCCAUCUUUUUGGCUGAUGGAAAUAUCUUUACCACUGGUUUCAGUCGUAUGAGUGAACGACAGCUGGCCUUAUGGAAUCCAAAAAACAUGGAGGAGCCAAUAUCUGUGCACGAAAUGGACACCAGCAAUGGAGUUUUGCUUCCCUUCUAUGACCCUGAUACUAAUGUAGUUUACCUGUGCGGAAAGGGUGACAGCAGCAUUCGUUACUUUGAGAUCACAGACGAGGCACCGUAUGUGCACUACCUCAACACGUUUUCCAGCAAGGAGCCUCAGAGAGGCAUGGGCUAUAUGCCUAAAAGAGGUCUGGAUGUCAACAAGUGCGAGAUAGCCAGGUUUUAUAAACUGCAUGAGAGAAAAUGUGAGCCAAUUAUUAUGACCGUUCCUAGAAAGUCAGACCUCUUUCAGGAUGACCUGUACCCAGACACAGCGGGUCCAGACCCCGCGCUAGAGGCGGAGGAGUGGUUUGAUGGCAAGAAUGGCGAGCCGAUCCUGAUCUCCCUCAAACACGGCUAUGUUCCAGGCAAAAACCGCGACCUCAAAGUAGUCAAGAAAAACAUGCUGGAUAACAAAGCGCCCAAAAAGGUGGAAGAGCCACCUAUUCCUCAGAAGCCUGCAUCCCCCCAGCUCACCAGAAAGAAUGAAGUGAAGUUAGAGGAGCUGCUUCGAGAAGUCAAGUCUCUUAGAGAUCUGGUCACACUGCAGGACAGAAGAAUCACCAAACUGGAAGAACAGGUGGCCAAAGUGGCAAUCUAAGACACUGGUGAUGGUCUGAGCCAUUAUUGCAUCAGCACGGAGAGAGUAAGAUUCAGUUGGAUGGGUGGGGGGUCGGUCACUGCCAAAAUUCUCAAUUUUGACUCGAUCAUUCCGCUUGGUGUUUCUCACAAAGACAAACCUCAAGCAACAUUCCAAGAUGGACUUUUACUUUCUGUCAAGUCUCCCCCGAGCAUUCGCAUAGCAAGCGGAAAAUGGUGGCGAUGAGUGGUCACUGGUUUUAACUGAUGAUUUACAUUUUGUUUAAACAUUUUUGUACCUUUUUUUGGUUAUUGUAACAUUGUUUCCAUACAGUAAGUAUACUGAUAUUAACCGGUAUGUUACAGAGUGUUGUUGUAUAUACGCAUUAGUAUUUCUCUUUCUUUUGUUGUUGUGCUGCCAAAUUUAUUUCUACUUUUGUAUGUUUUUCCCACUUGUAGAUAGAUAGAGCGGAUUAUUGCAAACAAGGAUUUCCAUGUCAUGCUAUUCAAAGUGAGAAAGGCAGUUGAUUUUGAAGUGAUUGUAGAGGCCAUUCGAAAACUAAUCAUGGAUGAUAAUUGUAUUAUUUAGCAAAGAGAUGUUCAUAACCAUUCAAUCGUAUUGGGUGCUAACAAGUGCACAUACAGUAGCGAAACAAACUAAAGUUGCGACGAUUUAAAAGCAGUGCUGUAAUGUCCCAUAUAGUGAUCAUGAUAACUGGAGUAUUAAGCACAUUGCAUCAGUAAUUUUAAAGCAUCCUACGACAGGGUUUUGCUAAAUCAUACCACAAUCAAGCAAUAACAUAAUGUUGCGAAAUGAAUGAGAAUAUAAACCUGUUCAACUUUGAUACACGAUUGGUAAGUACUGCUCAAAUGCAUUAUUCAUGCAUUAACUUCACACACCUACACUACAGCUGUUUCAAGUUAACAGUAAUUAUAAAAUUACUGUUGCACCUCAGGAAAUAAACCACUGGAUGCUCAACAUUUGGCAUUUGCAUGAAAGAUUUUAAUUAGGGAGUUAUUUUAUGCUGUUGUUUUGGAAUUCGAAAAUACUUUAAUGUUCUCCCUGCAUUCUAACUAUACAAAUCGUGUUAGAGGAUAUUGGACCGACAUGCUCUGAUGUGUGAACUUGGCUUUAAGAGGCAGUGGCUACCUGUGAGCUCUUCUGAUGUACAUGUACUGUAAAUGUAUUGGUGCCUCUAUGUGUGUUGCUGGUUUUAGACAGACUUCCUCAGUCGAUCACUGCAGGGAGGGCGACGUCCAUGAAUCUGAGCACUUAUCUGUGUCCUGAACAGUCUUGUGCAUGCAUUCCAAAUUUCACCUAAAAUAAUAAAAAGGUUGACUACAAUAAAUCCUUUCAUUCAUACGUG